AUGACCAUUUAUCUCAUGGACAUUUUAUCAAAUUUCUGUGAAUUUGAUACAGCUCUCCCGGCCCGGCCCGGCCCGGAGCUCUCCCUGUCCGGCCCGGAGCUCUCCCUGUCCGGCCCGGAGCUCUCCCUGUCCGGCCCGGAGCUCUCCCUGUCCGGCCCGGAGCUCUCCCUGUCCGGCCCGGAGCUCUCCCUGUCCGGCCCGGAGCUCUCCCUGUCCGGCCCGGAGCUCUCCCUGUCCGGCCCGGAGCUCUCCCUGUCCGGCCCGGAGCUCUCCCUGUCCGGCCCGGAGCUCUCCCUGCCCGGCCCGGAGCUCUCCCUGUCCGGCCCGGAGCUCUCCCUGUCCGGCCCGGAGUUCUCCCUGUCCGGCCCGGAGCUCUCCCUGCCCGGCCCGGAGCUCUCCCUGCCCGGCCCGGAGCUCUCCCUGUCCGGCCCGGAGCUCUCUCCCUGCCCUCGGCCCAGCCCCAGCAGUGGCUCAGCUCCUCCCCGGCCUCGCCCUGCUGGGCCACCAGGGCGGCUCCGAGCGGGCCCUUGGGCCGUGUCCAGCGCCCGGGACGGGCCAGCCGAGCAGAGCAGAGUCACUGCAGCGUGGGCACAGCUCCGUGCCGAGGAGACACCUGGCAAAGCCAUCCUCACAACCUACACUAGCUCCUAG